AUGGAGAUCAGAAAAGAACUGUCAAAAGUCUUACGUAACAAGGUAAUGGAGCUUUAUAAAGAUGGGAAAGGACAUAAAAAGAUGUCCAAAGCCCUGAAUAUGCCAAUCAGUACUGUUAAAUCACCUAUUAAGAAGUGGAAAGUUCAGGGAUCUCUUGAUACCAAUCCAAGGUCAGGUAGACCAAAAAAGAUUGCAGUCAUAACUGACAGAAUAAUUGUCCGGGAUUCAAAGAAAAACCUACAGGCAACCUCAAAAAAAAAUUACAGACUGCUCUGGAAAAAUAUGGUGUGGUUGUUUUUAAGGAGUACAAUCCGGUGAUACUUGAACAAAAAUGA